GUACACGGAAGUACGUCAGCGGAAGUUCAAACAUGGCGACGAUCAGUAAGGCCGUGGUGGCAGUGCUCAUUUUAUUUGAGCAGUAUUGUGUUAAUUUUGCCGAAUGGAACACUAGAGAUUAUAUGAAAAAGGAGCAUUCCCUUGUGAAGCCGUAUGUGGGAACUCCAUGGGACUUUGUAGGGAGUACAAUGCUUACCAAUAAUUAUAUUCGUUUAACAUCAGAUCAUCAGAGUAUGAAGGGAGGUCUUUGGAACCAGCAUCCUGUUCUUGUCAGAGAUUGGGAAUUACAUAUACAGUUUAAGGUGCAUGGAAAGGGGACAAAUUUAUUUGGCGAUGGCUUUGCCAUUUGGUACACUAAAGAGAGGCUGACAAUGGGAGAUGUAUUUGGCAGCAAAAAUUUUUUCCAUGGCCUGGCCAUUUUCAUGGACACCUACAGCAAUCACAAUGGUCCUCAUAAUCAUCUACAUCCCUAUAUCUCUGCCAUGGUGGACAAUGGUACAAUGGGUUAUGAUCAUGAUGCUGAUGGCACACACACAGAAUUGGCAGGUUGUGAGGCCCUGUUUAGAAAUUUAGCUUACGACACAUAUGUUGCUGUCAGAUAUUCUGAUGACACGUUAACGGUUUCAACGGACAUAAAUAACAAAGGUGGAUGGAAAGAAUGUUUUACAGUGAAAGGUGUCCAUCUACCCACUGGCUAUUAUUUAGGCUUCAGUGCGGCCACUGGACAGCUAGCAGAUAACCAUGAUAUUAUCUCUGCUAAAUUUUAUGAACUGGAAACAGAAAGAAAAGAUGAUGGUGUUGAUUAUUCCAAAAUAGAACCAUCUGCACAGUUUUUUGCUUCACCGAGAGACCAUGUUGAUGAUGCCAAAGGGGCCUUCAUGUUGAACAGUUUAUCUGGCUGGAAGCUGUUAGUGGUCAUCAUACUCAUUAUCAUAGGCAUAGGAGUGUGCCUUAUGGUGGGCUUUAUCAUCUUUCAAAAAUCACAGGAAAAUUCAAGAAAACGUUUUUACUAAAUUUCAUGUUACACCAAUUAUAUUGUUUCAGAGUAGAGUCUGAUUACAGAGUCCAAAGAUUGAGUAAAAACUGAGAUAGUGUGUGUUGUUUAAAGUGAACAAAGAUAUUUUCCGAAAUGUGUUAACGUUACUUUUUUAAAGAAAAAAGUACAAGGAAUACAGUGGCCUGUGUUUUACCAAAUGCUGGUGGCAUAAAGGUGUAAACAGUCUUAGUACACUUGUGAACCUGCAAUAAUGUAUGCACUGGGAACAAUUGAGAAUAUUGUCCAAAAUUUUGAGCCAUUUAUUUUUUAGUGAACAUGUAACCUUAAGCUCAUGAAUUUAAGACUUUUUUUCUGGGUGGUAUUCAGCCUAAAGCAGCCCCCAGUCAUUCGGUCACCAAGCUAGUUCUUCCUUUUUAUUUACAACCCAAUAUCAUGUCUGUGUAUUAUGAAAAAUGACAUACAGAGAUACAUUAUUAUUGUUAUUGUGUAUGCGGUGUUUAUAAUUCAAGAUAGUUCUUAAUGCAAUAAAUGUUGAGGCAUAAGAACUUGUUCACCAACAGUAAAAGCAUGUUUAUGGUUGCAGGAUUGUACAAAAUACAUUUUAUUUAUUUUUGUUACAUUUGAGAAGACCAAGUGGUUUUAUUAUAAUUGUCAAAAACAAACUUUAUAAGCUGAGAAUAAAGAACGGUGUACAGCAAGUUCAAAACCACUUCUAUAAUUAAGUAUUCGAGGGCUGACAGUUCUCCAAUACUUUUCAUUUUGUCCCUCAAGUUGUGCUAAUAAAUCGUAUCUCUUAUUCACAUCAGUGUUACAUUUGAUAUUCAAUUUGUGUUCCAUCCAUAUUAUGGUAAUUGGCUUCUUGUGUGUAAGGUGAGCAGGUGCUAGUUUCAACUUAUGAAUUUAAACAUUUUAUAUGCCAUUUCAUAUCUUGAGCCCACUGCUUGUUCAGAGGUGAUUGGGUAACUUGGAAGAAAAUUGAUGUAUUUUGUAUUUUUUCAGGUAUUAUCAGAAAGACAUCCAUUGACAAGUAAUUUGAACUUUGCCUAUUAAUGUAGUUAUAUUUAAAUGCCAAAUCAAAGUAGCAAAUACUGGUAAGGAACUAAGUAGACAUUGAACCACUAGGUAGGUAGUGUUUUGUCCACAACAAUUAGAAUUUAUUUUUGUAGUGCAAUUUGAAAAGAAUAGUUUCAGUUUCAUAUCUUCCAUGUAGUUGGGUAUUCAUAGUAAGGCAAAGGAAAGGUAGGUUAGGUGGUUCACCAAUAUUCAUGUUAGAUUGAAACUUAAAAUGUUUUUCUUUCAAUACAGCAGGCACAGAGAAACAUACAAGAUACAAGUAGCAGAUCUUUGCUCAAUUAAAUGUGGUUACGUUAAACAAAUGCCUCAAAAUGUGAAAGACUUAAAAACAACACCAGAAACCACAACCAGCCUAUUUGUGCUUCCAAAGUUUAAAAUUUAAAGUAUUUUAGCAGCUUUAGAAGCUGCCAGAUGAUGAAAUAUUGAACAAUACUAAUUUAAUGUACAUAGCCUCGGGUGUUGUUCUAACACUAUGGAAAAGGUGGGGUAUGUAAUAGUUUUGUACAUGUGGACUAUAUCAUUGUAUAAUAAAAAAACAUUCUUUGGAAAAAUA